GUCCCACGUAAGCCUAUUGAGUAAGGUGAGCCUAUUGCCAUAUACCGGACACAAUUGUAAACUAAGAAUUUUUUAAACUCCCAGUAGUGCCUUGCCCGACCCGGGAAUCGAACCCGAGACGGCAAUAGCAUUUGCGACCACUUGGCCAACGAGGCAGUCUGUAUGACAAACUUGGUUAAAAUUACGGGUGUUUUUAAUCGGAUAAUUGAUAACUAUAUUCUAUUAGGUAAAUGAAUAUAGGUCCUAUCUUUACGUUAUCUGUAAUCGGGCAUUCCGCUAGAUUUCCAUCGAAGGGACGUGACGAGAUAACAAAGACUGCCACAUCUCACGCGCAGAUAAAUGAUACAAAGAUUUGGUCUCCGAUUACAUCACAUCGACCAAAUAGAUAUAAUUAGUCGUAUAUAAGAAGAAAUAAAAAGACAUCGAACAGAUUUACAAGAUGGCCGUUGCCAAACUAUACGGCACGUUUGUCCUGCUGUUAUAUCUACAGGAAAAUUACGCGCAACAAGGCUUAAAUAACAAUCAAAAUGUUGGUGUUAAUAGUGCAAUCGGAUUCCAACAACAGCCGACGCAGCGGACGAAUACAUUAAAUAACGUGAACCAGAUACCGACCGGAGGAUUAAACGUAAACGUGCUACAAGGUAAUUUGCAACCCAACGGUGGGAAUAUACAGCAGCAGCUGAGUCUCCCAGCCAAUUUGCAGCCGCAAGGCGGAUCCGGGUCACUUACUAAUUUACAGUUUAACAAACAAGGACUAGCUCAGUUACCUCCAGGAUUUGUUAUCAAUCCGACUAAAUCCCAGACUAACUGCCCGCAGAUCAAUAACGUUUGCAACCAGAAUACUCCACCACAGAUACAACAAAACAAUGUGAACGUUCCUUUCCCUAAUUCUCUUGCGGAAUUAGCGGCCCUUAAGGGUCCUUCGUUGUUAUCCCUUUUUGCAUCUCAAAUUAAUGGCCAGCCUCAACAAAACCAACCUAUGGCAAACUUCAGUCCUACUCAGAAUCAAUUAACGGACAUACAAAAACUAAUAUUAGCUCGUGCUAUUCAGGGGCCAAAUCAGCCUUGUAAUAUUGCUCAACCACGAUCUAUGUUGGAUAGUAGACCAAGUGUCACUAUUCAGGGAGCACCCAUGGCACAACAGCCUCAAGCUAUCGUGACUCCAGUAGGUCAGCCACCGUACAUAGCAGUGCAAGCACAGCCUCUCCCAGCAUACAUCCAAAAUCAGGCAGUUCCAGUAACAGUGGUGGAAGAACCCUCAGCAUUAUCCUUCAUCUUAUCAGAUAUCCAACCAGAUGCUCAAUACUUCUAUCCUCCUUACCAAGUACAGAAGAGGGAGUCAAAAUCUAAUCUCAAAUCUUUGAUACCGUUAAUAAUAGAUCUGUUGAAAGAGAAGAAUGCUUGCGGCUGCCGAAAUUGUGGGUGUCCAAAUAAUGAAAUUAAAAACAAUAUACCUGAGCCAACAAUCUUUGGUGGUUACUCCAAUAUCGUGGAUAACAGAGCAGCAGAAAAUAAAAAGGGACAUGAAGACGAAGACGGUAAAAAAGAGAGUAAAGGAAAGAAGAAUUUAAAGAAGAAUGUUGAAGAUGUUGACAGCGAAGAGGCUUCAGAGGAAGAUGACUCGGAUUAUGAAGAUGACAGCACAGGUGAUUAAAAUUUUGUGAACAAACAUAAUUAAAAACUGUUUUAAAACAUAGCUAUAGUUUUUAAUUAGGAUUUUUGUACGUGAUAAUAUGUAAAUUAAAA